AUGCAAAUUCCUCUUUUUACGGUUGAUGCAUUUACAAACCGGCCAUUUGCUGGAAAUCCUGCGGCAGUUUGUCUGCUUGAAAAUGACGUGGAUGAAGAAUUGCAGCAAAAAAUUGCAACAGAAAUGAACCUCUCAGAAACUGCUUUCAUCAGAAAACUGUACCCUGGAGAUGACUUCACCAAAAGUUCCUGUUUUGGACUCAGAUGGUUCACUCCAGCCAAUGAAGUUCCUCUCUGCGGUCAUGCUACACUUGCAUCAGCUGCUGUGUUGUUUCACACACAGAAAAACACAAAUUCAGUUCUGACAUUUAUGACGCUGAGUGGAGAAUUAAAAGCCAGGCAAGAGGGAGAUCAUAUUGUCCUGGAUUUACCACUUUACUUAACCUAUCCACAGGUGCUUGAGGAAGUAGAAGACUUAAUAAAGGCAGCUGUUGGUAACAUGAUUGUUCAAGAUCUCCGUUACUCUCCUGACACAAAGAAACUCUUAGUUCGCCUCAGUGAUACUUAUGAAAGGUCUGUGUUGGAAGAACUGCAAGUGAGUGCACAACACUUUUUGUCAGCUGAAAAGACAGGAAAGGUGAAAGGGCUCAUACUCACUCUUAAGGGAAAAUCUAGUGGAAAACAGAAAGGCUAUGAUUUUUACUCCAGAUAUUUCGCACCUUGGUAUGGAGUGCUGGAAGAUCCUGUUACAGGAUCUGCCCAUGCUGUUUUAAGCAGCUACUGGUCAGAGCAUCUGGGGAAGAAAGAAAUGCUAGCUUUUCAAUGUUCCCACCGUGGAGGAGAAUUGAAGAUUUCACUGCGUAAUGAUGGGAGAGUUGACAUUGCGGGGCAAACUGCUGUUGUAUUAAAAGGAAACCUGACUUUCUGA